AUGAACAAGAUCAAUAUUUCUUUCUCUACUUCAUAUUUACGUCUUAUUGCUUUAUUUCUAUUUAUUAUUUAUGUAUCAGCAAAAGAUACCGAUAUGAUUAUCAAUGAUCAAUAUGAUAAUAAUGAUGCAGAAGUAAACAUUCAUUUACCACCUGACAUUGCCUUCUUAUUUAAGAAUAUCAAUAGUCAUUCAGAUCAUCCAUCAAUGGUAACUGAUUAUGACAUAAAAGAUGGUCGACCUCUUAUGAUAUCAUUUAAGAAACGUACAAUUCCAAUUGAACUUCAAAAAGCACUUUAUGCCCAUGGAAUUGUAGGUCGCCGUCGUUAA